AUGUCGUACGACGAACCAUCUACACUUGACCGGGUGGUGGAGAGCCUCACAACAGCGACAGCCCAGGCAGUUGACCGCUUUACCCCCAACACGCGCCCAACUCCAUAUUCCAAGCGAUGGUUUACCCCGGGUCUGAAGGUGCAACAAGUUGAAGUCAACCAACUACGCAGGAGAUGGCAAGCACGCUGUGCAGAACUCGAAAGAGAUCACCCAAACACUGCCGCAGUCUUCCAAGCCAUGCAGAAGAAACGGCGAGCGUGGACCCGGACCAUCGAGAAAGCCACAGCCUCACACUGGAGACAGUUCCUGGAUGAGGCUGGCGAAGGAAAGCUUUGGAAAGCGGCAACGUACAUGAAGCCUCGAGAAACAUGGGGAUGUAUCCCAGCAUUAUGA